AUGGCGUCUCGUUGUACUCAUAGCUCCCGGCUGUUUAUGCCCUUUUUAUAUCCAUCAUUGUUUCGCGCCAGUGCCGCAAGCGUGCCCCGUGCUACUAGCUUAGCCCUCGCCCGAAACCUUCGUUACAGCAGCACAGCGACAUUGGAACCUCAGCACUCCGAGAACGACGACGAGGCCAGAUCGAGACUCAAUCCCGCCCCCGACGACUACUCGAACCCAUACUUCGCCGACAAAGCCAAGCUAAACGUCUACGCUGGCCCGGGUGGCAACGGCUGUAUAUCCUUUCUCAGAGAGUUGUUCAUUCCCGAAGGCCCGGCGAACGGAGGUGAUGGAGGCCAUGGCGGCAAUGUCUAUAUCCAAGCUGUCCACGGCGAGACUUCGCUACACAAGUUGGCACGACGAAGGCAUAUUCGCGCUGGCCGGGGAAAGCAUGGCCAGGGUAGCGCUCAGGGUGGACAGCGCGGAGAAGACGUCAUCAUAACUGUACCAGUCGGCACAGUCGUUACCGAGAUCAGCCGCGACGACCCCGAAGGCGAGAGGCAACUCAUUGACAGAGCCAAGUACAAGCGCAAGAGGAAAAAGGACUUUCGUAAUGCCGCUGCGCUUGAGGCCCCAAAGGAGGAAGAAGGCGUAGAAGGGACAAUAGUAGAGGAGGAGCCGCCCGUCAACCCAGACCUCGACCGAUGGCUACUAUACCCCGGUAUCUCUUCGUCAGAGGCCAGAAGAGUUGGCGCCGAACUGCCACGACUACCCCGUCGCGACCGGCUGUUCCAACAACCGCCAGCACCCAUAUAUCUGGACCUGAACCGUCCCACACCACGGCCCAUCCUGCUGGCGGCAGGUGGCCUCGGUGGACUGGGCAAUCCCCAUUUCGCAAACAAGGACAGACCAAGGCCCAUGUUUGCGACAAAGGGAGAGCCGGCCAUGUCUCUAGAGAUUGAGCUCGAGCUCAAGCUUCUUGCCGACGUUGGUCUGGUUGGUCUGCCCAAUGCCGGCAAGAGCACCCUCCUGCGCGCCUUGACCAACAGCCGAGCUCGUGUUGGCCACUGGGCAUUCACCACGUUACAACCCAAUAUCGGCACCGUCGUGCUCGAUAACAACAAGGGCCGUCCCUCGGUAAAGAGCUACAAGCGAAUCAGCGACGCUCCUGUCGAUGAUCCCUUUGCUCUCACUGGUGCGCCGGACGAGGUCGAGCAAAGAACGCGCUUCACUGUCGCUGACAUCCCGGGUCUGAUUGAGGGUGCCCAUCUCGACAAGGGUCUCGGUAUUGCCUUUCUGCGUCACGUUGAGCGUGCUGGUGUGCUCGCCUUCGUCAUUGACCUGGGUGCCGGCAAUGCUGUGAAAGCGUUGAAGGCGCUGUGGAACGAGGUGGGCUUGUACGCGCAAAUGCGCGAGGAUGAAGAGGCCGACCGGGAGCGCGCAGCAAGGAUUGACUGGAGUCCCGAGGCCGGUAUUGACAAUGUCAGCAUGUCAGGUGGAUGGCCAGCCUCGAACGGCAUGGCCGACUAUCCACCCUCUGCUGCCGAGCCUGCAGGGUUGUCCAUCGCAGGAAAGCCGUGGUUUGUGGUAGCCACCAAGGGAGACUUGAAGGAUACUCAGGCCAACUUUAUGGAGCUUAGAGAUUACUGUGCGGCCGUCACACGGGGGGAUGAGCCCCAUCCCAGUGGUGUUCAGGGUGCUUGGAUUGAGAAUGUGGAAGCCAUUCCCGUCAGUGCCAUCAAUGGUCAUGGCGUGGAGAGGAUUGUUCACUGGACGGUCGGCUUGUUGGAUGGUUGAACAAACUCACAAGCUUUCGUCUUCUAUUACCCUAGGCUUUAGCAUGAGAUACCUAGGCCCUCCUCUACUCAGAUAUCCAGAAGAUAAA